AAAGGCCAGAUCACGAGAGAAUCGCGUGCCACCAUGCUGGCUCGUGCUCGUUUUCAUUAUGUCAUCGAUGUCGGCGUUGGUAAAUAUGACAGUCACUGGUACACCUUGCUCGUCGAAAGUGGCAGCUGGAUGACUUAUAUCGGCACUGAUCUCCGUCAACCAUACAUCGGGAGCGCAUCGUCGCACCAGACAAACGUGACAUUCCAGGCAAGAUAUGUCACAGGCCAAUUCGUGUCUGGCGUGUGGGCACAGGAUCAGGUCAGUGAGCAUGCCUUUUUGCUCAGCCGGCUGAGUCUGUAAGCAGACAAUGAUCGCACCCGGUCUUGUCGUGAGAAAUACGCAUUUCGGCAUUGCAACAAGAGUUGGGCGCAACAGCCUGACGACCGCAGACUCGGGAAUGUUCGCUUUGGGGCCACAGAGCGGUCUGGACAUUCAGACGGGCAGCCGGGGACUCAGCACAUGGAUGACUGCUGCCACUAGCGAAGGUGUCAUUCCAAAUAACAUUGUUACCGUCGACCUCGGCGAGCCUUCGCUCACGUUUGGCCACGUUAAUCUCGAAAAUGCUGUCGGUCAACCGGUCUACCUGCCUUCGAUUGGCGCGAUGUACUGGAUCGUUCAGAUGUCUUUCCCUCAGAUUGCGCUCAACGGGCCAGUGCUUGUCGAUACAGCCGCAGCUUAUCUAUCACUCACACCGGCUAGCAUGCAAAUCUUGAUGAGUCAAAUCCCGGGCUCGAGAUUGGAUACAACCUUCGAUCACCUCCUGCUGAUACCAUAUGGCCGCACACUCAAGCCGUUCACAAUCGUGAUUGGCGACCGCGAAUUUGUGCUUUCUUCCGAGAAGCAGUUCUUAAACCAACCAUAUCUGCGAGAACCGCCGGGAUUUCGGUACUCAAUCUUCCAUCAAAUGGGAUACAUACCGAAAGGCGUUGGGGCUAUCUUUGGUGGCAAAGUGCAGAAGCACUUUGUCAUCAUUCUUGAUGACGACAAACACCGAGUCGGCUUCGCCGCCCGCACAGAGCCGUGAGGCGGAGUACCUUUGAUUGACGACCAUUGCAAAAUCAGUUGCGCAUCGAUGGAGUCUGCGUUCGUUUCGGACCUUACCUGUACGAUGCCAUCGAAGCAUAUUGGUAUGACAGUGAACGACAUGCCCGGCCACAACGCAGAAAAACCCGUCGCUUGUUGCGUCACUUUUCUGGGUCGGGCUGCAACGUUGUCACGCCGACCCUCUUUUGCCCGGAACGAACAGGCGAUGCUUGGCUCUCUUGCCCAGUGUGCAGUAAUUCUGGUCAGAAGACGCUUCACGUGAUCGGUACGGCUUCAGAUAUUCCAUCUUCCGACGCGCGACUCUGCCUGGACGGGCCGCUAUCUUUGGUGCCAAGCUACUCAAGCA